AGGUCAAACAAACUAGCAAAUACUGUAUCGUGAGGUUGGGUAAACUUGAAAGCAAAGCUUGCUUUGAGAAACUCGGAAUAGUGUAGAUAUCCCUUAUCUAAAAAGUCGAUGGAAUAGCUCUUUUAGCUAAUGUGUGUAUCUGUGUUAUUAAUGUGUUAGGCGCAGACUAGCAGCGGUUACGGUGGGUGGUGUUAGCCCGGUAGCUUAGCUCACACGAAGAAGUUCUGUGUAUGAGCGCGGCUCUCCCUUUUACAUCCUAAUAUUAUUAUCAUACAUAUUUUUUUUUUAUCGCUGACUCACAGAAUGACUCGGUCCAUCACCGUUCCCGUGGUGGACGUUCAGACUAAUAACUUCCAGGAGCUGUGGCCGGCCAUGGUGUUGGCUGUGAAGAGCGCGUCCUUCAUCGCCCUGGACACGGAACUAAGUGGACUGGGAAACAGAAAAGCGCUGCUUGCAGAGUCCAUUGAAGAUAGGUACAAAGCUAUAUGCCACGCUGCUCGAACGCGCUCCAUACUAUCGCUAGGACUUGCGUGUUACAAGAAAGUUGAGGAUAAGCCAGAUUAUACCUACCUGGUACAAGUGUAUAACCUGACGUUGCUUUGCAUGGAGGAGUACAUCAUUGAACCUCAGUCUGUGCAGUUUUUGGUUCAGCACGGGUUUGACUUCAACAAACAGUACGCCCAAGGCAUACCUUACUAUAAGGGCAAUGACAAGGGUGGUGAUGCCCACGGACAGAACGUGCGGACACUAUUUCUGGAGCUGCUGCGCACACGCAAGCCACUGGUGGUCCACAACGGUCUCAUCGACAUGGUCUUUUUGUACCAGUGCUUUUAUGCCCACCUCCCCGAGCGCCUGGCUACCUUCACAGCUGACCUCUCGCAGAUGUUCCCUGCCGGUGUCUUUGACACCAAGUACGUCACCGAGUAUGAGCUGCGCUUCACUGCCUCGUACCUGGAGUAUGCCUACAAGAAGUGUAAACUGGAGAACUCCAGAUCCAAGGAGGUUGGUGAGGGUGGUGCUCACCUGUUUCUGGAGUUCUGCAGCUACUCAGGUCCACUGAGCACCUAUGUGGACUACCGGUUCUGCUCAGAAGAGUCUGGUGAGGAGGCCCUGCAGAACAUUUGCCAGCGCUUCUCGGCCUAUGGCUGGUGCCCUAAUGGAUCUGCGUGCCCCAUGUCACACAACACCGACCUCAUCAUCCAGCAGGAUGAGAAGACAAAGGAGGACAAGAGGAAGAAGCGAAAACGUAAGAAGAAGCAGAAGGCUGCUGAGAGGGAAGCAGAGGCUGGUGAGAAAGAUGGUCCUUCAAAAAAACAGUUGUGUCUGGAGGUGGGUGAGGUGUUGUCUCCCGAUCAGGUGGAGGGGCUUGAUAAGCACACUACCUCAGAAGACUGCAGUGGUGUGAAUGGAACCCCGCGGGGUGGGGCUUCGGACUCUGUGCCCACGGCGGGGAAGACGGACUCCAAAGUCAAGAAAGUUGAGGGUGGGACGCACCGUGCAGGGUUCGAUGCCUUCAUGACAGGUUACAUAUUCUCAUACGUUGGCACCCUGAAGAGCAAGCCGGGUGAGCGGAAUGCUGAGGCUAGUUGUCUCAAUAAGCUCUACCUCAGCGGCAAGACUGUCCCCCUACAUGUCACCAAGAGCACCUUCUCCAAGUCCUCUAAGGCCCACACACACAAGAUGGAGCUGGUGUGGGGGAAAGUGGACCAGGGGACUGUGCUGGCCUGAAAAGCUUCCCAUACAACACUGGAGAAGGUGCCUGUACAGUGGAGCGCUGCUCCAUCCCUUCCCCUGGUGAAAUAAUGAAAGGAGUAGCCCUCAGUGAUUCUGAAAUGUGCUGCCUACAAAGGAAACUGCUCUUUGGCAGUAUGGCUGUACACAAGCAAUACUUUUUUCCCCAGCAGCAGUUAGAAGAAUUUCUCUGUUGCUUAAGGACAAUCAUGUCAUCUCUACAUUGGCUGUGUGGUCAACUGUAAGGGUGGUGACUAUGAAAUUCUUAUGAAAGAUGGUCCCUUCCCAUAUUGAUGAGUUCUUUACUGUAAGCAUCAUUUUGAGUGAGAUUUCUAUACAUUGUAAUAAACUUUUUGUGGGAGUAUAUUUCAAAGUGUUGAGACAGAUACUAAUCCACAAUCUGGCUGCUUCUGCAGAAACACAAAUCUGUUUUGUAAACAGACUUGCCCCAGUUUCCUUUAGGUG